AUGUCUUUUCGAAGGCCUGAUCACAGUCAUCAGCAUAGCGACUCGUAUAAGGGUUCUCAUAACGGGUCGUAUAACGGGUCGUAUAACGGGUCGCACAACGGUUCACAAGGCGGUUCACGGGCACCUUAUGGCAAAUCUUCUCGAAUCUACGAGGAUGGAGAUGGUUACAGAGGUCGAAGCUUUGAGUCUUCAAAUUCUGGCAGUUAUCGCUACGACGAUGAAAAAUACUACAACGAUCACCAAUCCCUGUCAGGACACCACAAGCCACGCUACGAGGAGAGGAACUCCAGACCAGCGUAUCAAAACCAGAGUUCUCACGGGUCAGCUACGGAUGAGCUUUCUUUGAAGGAGCCAUCUCCAAUUCCAGAAGCUACGCUUGUUCCUCAGAACCAUCUCAUCUCCGUAGUCUCGAAGACUGAUAAUAGCGAGCUGGUGCCGAAGAAGAACUAUAUGGUCAUUUAUGAUCCGGAAAUCAAGAAGGAUCCCUCCAAGGGCAACAAACCGUUGUAUAAGGUACCUAGUCUGUCCGCAAAACCUGCAGUUGAUCCAAGAAAGGGAACUGUGUAUCCUUUCUAUGAAAAGAGAGGCAGAAAGUCUAAUAAGCGCGUUUUCAAGUCGCUUAUUCCACCAAAGUACCAGUUUGACAAGCACUCCAUUGGACCCAAGCCGGCUAAUGAGGUGGUCAUAUGGGGAUUUCCAAGCUCUACGCCAGUCUCCCAACUAAAGAACAUCUUCAAGGCUUUCGGGACUAUCAUCGAAUUCAAGUCGAUCAAUGACCCGGUGACAGCUGUUCCGCUUGGCAUCUGUGUGGUGUCAUUUGACGGCGAUGUUGACAAGGCUCAUUCAGCAGCUAGAGAGGCUGUUCAGCAGACCAAUAAAAAGCGCAUAAUCUCUGGUACCACGAUACAGACGGGAAUGAACGUUGAGAACAGGCUACUGAAUGAGACCACAAGAAGGGCUGUGGAGAAGCUGAAAUAUAAGAAACGGAAAGAGGAGCAAUCUCAGAAGGAAAAGGAAGCGAGGGAUCUCCGCAGGAAGGAGCAACAGGAAUCUGCUACCAGAGGGGUUACUCCAAAAGAAAGGAAGCUACCUUCAGUUGUGAAUCAACCUCCUUUGUCGGCCCCCAAAGUGCCAGCCUUUCUGCGAUCUGAAGUAGAAGAGAUAGCAGCGUUAAGCGAGAUUUUGUCCUCAAAGAAUUCCUCUCGCGAGGUGCUUAGCUACGCAGAGACACUCCUGAAUGCUCCAAAGCUUACCAGUCAUGACCGCCACAUUAGGGAUAGCAGCAAGAUUGUCUUUCCUCGUGACAUAGAGAAGCAUAUCAAAGGGAUGCCAUGUAUCCUGAUUCCAGACAGAUAUGUGCCUACCCGUGAUAUUGCACCCUAUGAUAUCAAGAGAACUCUUGACAGAUAUGAGUGGAGUAGAGUCUUGACCCAUUAUUCGGGUUUCUACGUGGCAUUCAGUUCACUGAAGGAAGCAGCACGCUGUUUCCACAAGGAGGACGGUCGCAGACUAUUCCAGUACAAGAUGUAUAUGGAACUGUUAGUCCCUCCAGACUUCAAUGAGACCACCUCUUCCACCAUCAGAGGCUCAGUGCCAUCCCAGGCCAGUGCUUUGAUUACCAAAGAGUUGGAGUCUUAUUUAACAAAAGACAUCAGGGAUAAGAUUAUUGCGACCGCAAUUCUUGAUUUCUUGGACCCUGUGAACUUUCCAGAAUCGAUUAUGAAACUCAAAGAGGAGCAAGAGAAGAAAGAGCGCGAUGAGUUGGCUUUGAAAAAGCUCAAUCAACCUACUUCUGGCGAUUUUGUACCAGAUCUGCCAGGUGUCAGAAGAAACAGUCAGUCUCUAGCUCAGCUUCCAACAUUCAGAAGAGCAAAAGCGCCUACAUCCUCAACUGGUUUGACCGAUACCGGAAAACACCUUGAUAGGAAAGCCAGAUUGAACCUGAUGCCGAUGGCACAUGCUCUGAACUACGAAAGCUCUGAAGGCGAAGAGGAGGAGGAUGAAGAGGAAGCAGAGAAGGAAAAUCUUUCAGAUAAGGUGGAGAAUAAGAAAGCGAUCAAUAUUGAAAAGACUAAGAAGAAACAGAAGCUUGACAAAAACGGUACUGCUGUUUCCACCUCAUUCUCUUCUGAUGAUGAAGAAUCUGUUGAGUUCAAAUCAGAGGGAAAACGUGACUCUGCUUCGGAGCCCACAUCUCCUGAACCUGAGCUGAAGGUGAAAACCGAGGGCACCGAAAUGGAGGUUGAUACUCCUUUCUUCGUUAAUCAAGACUAUGCCAAGCUGGACAAACGUUAUCAACCAACGACGGGGCUUCCGAUACCUGUUUUCGAUGAGCCUUCCCAGCCUUCUCUAACAAACCUUCAGACUAUACAAGGCAUUGUGAAAGAUGAUGAAGACUUCUUGCUUCUGAAAUCCAUAGUGAGCGACUCUUCAGAUGUGUCUACAUUGGGCAAUCUGCAGUACUGGGCUUGGAAGAAGCUUCACGUAAGCGAUAGCAUGCACCCAUCAUCUUUCGUUGGAGAAGUUGAAGAAGUAACCAUACCGGAGCUUCAAAAUAAGACUGGAUCAGUCAGGACGGAAGGAUAUCAGAAAAUCCUGGACAGUCAAAAAGUGAAUUACUUGCCUCAUAGGCGUAAGGUCCACAAACCAUUAAAUACCAUUCAGACUGAGGAGGAAGAUGUCCAGGCUAGCAAUGCCGGCCACAGUUCGCGUGUCAAUCGUGCAAAUAACAGAAGAUUUGCGGCCGAUAUCAGUGCUCAAAAGCAGAUUCUCGGAAGCGAAACCGACAUUCUUGACCUCAACCAAUUGACCAAAAGAAAAAAGCCUGUUUCGUUUGCUAGGUCAGCCAUCCAUAACUGGGGUCUUUAUGCUCUUGAACCAAUUUCCGCUAAGGAGAUGAUCAUAGAGUACGUUGGAGAAAGAUUGAGGCAACAGGUUGCCGAGGUUAGGGAGAAGAAGUAUCUCAAGUCUGGAAUUGGUUCAAGUUAUCUGUUCCGAGUUGACGAGAACACCGUUAUUGAUGCGACCAAGAAAGGUGGAAUCGCAAGGUUCAUCAACCAUUGUUGUGUUCCCAGUUGCACUGCGAAGAUUAUCAAGGUGGAAGGUAAGAAAAGAAUUGUGAUAUAUGCUCUCAGAGACAUCGGGACCAACGAAGAGCUUACUUACGAUUACAAGUUUGAGAGAGAGACCAACGAUGAGGAAAGGAUUCCAUGCUUGUGUGGGGCGCCCGGGUGUAAAGGGUAUCUUAAUUGA